UCCAGCCCAGAACUCUACCGGAACCCCCGAAAACGCCGAACCCCGCGGUUCGGUUGCCCCUCCCCGGGCCGCCCCGGCGCUUGCGCGGCGCUGACGAAAGCGGCGGCUCCGGCGGAUGUUGUCGCUGAGGUGAGGGAGGGAAGGAGGGGGUGGCCCGCAGCCCCCCGGUACCGAGAAUCCCAGACUGGUUAGGGUUGAAGUGACCUCAUAAAUCAUCUCGUUCGUCAUCGUCAGGGACACCUCCCACUAACCCAGGUUGCUCCAAGCCCUAUCCAACCCGGGCUCAAACUGGCAACUGAAACCACUAUAAAUUACACACAACCAAGGAAUGCCCAUCUGAAGCUUUCCUGAGUGCUGGUACAACUUCCUCCACAGAAACAUCACUCUGAAAGAAACAGCACCCUCUGUGGUGAAAUGGCUGAUGAUAACGAAGACCUGCAGGCAGAUGAAGAGCUCCCAGCUCCAGCUGAGGACAGCUUUGAGCAGCUGGAGAACGACAGCCCCGCGGAGCGCAGCGGCCACGUGGCCGUCACCGAUGGGCGCUGCAUGUAUGUCUGGGGAGGAUAUAAGAAUGCCCAAGUUAGGGGAUUUUAUGACUUCUAUCUGCCUAGAGAUGAAAUAUGGAUCUACAACAUGGAAACUGGAAGAUGGAAGAAGAGUAAAACAGAGGGAGAUGUUCCCCCUUCCAUGUCUGGAAGCUGUGCUGUGUGUGUAGACAGGGUUGUGUACCUCUUUGGAGGACACCAUGCACGUGGCAAUACAAACAAGUUCUACAUGUUAAAUUCCAGAUCCACGGACAAAGUGCUGCAGUGGGUCAGAGUAGAGUGUCAGGGGGUACCCCCUUCAUCAAAGGACAAACUUGGAGUUUGGGUUUACAAAAACAAGCUGAUAUUUUUUGGAGGCUAUGGGUACUUCCCUGAAGGGAAACAACGGGGAACUUUUGAAUUUGAUGAAACCUCGUUUUGGAAUUCAGGUCUCCCUAGAGGGUGGAACGACCACGUGCAUGUUCUGGACACUGAAACUUUCACUUGGAGCCAGCCUAUAACUACGGGUAAAACUCCAUCGCCGCGAGCAGCUCACGCCUGUGCCACGGUUGGGAACAGAGGCUUCGUGUUUGGUGGCAGAUACAGAGAGUCCAGAAUGAAUGAUCUCUACUACCUGAAUUUGGAUACGUGGGAGUGGAAUGAAAUAAUCACCCAAGGCAUUUGCCCAGUUGGCCGAUCAUGGCAUUCCUUAACACCCAUUUCCUCAGAUCACCUCUUUCUUUUUGGAGGAUUCACCACUGACAAGCAGCCAUUAAGUGAUGCCUGGAUUUAUUGUAUCAGCAAGAACGAGUGGAUACAGUUUGAGCAUAACUACUCUGAAAAACCAAGGCUGUGGCACACUGCUUGUGCAAGCGAAGAGGGAGAGGUGAUCAUCUUUGGGGGCUGUGCCAACAACUUGCUUGCCCAUUCAAAAGCUGCUCACAGUAAUGAAAUCCUCGUGUUUUCCCUCCAGCCCAGAUCUCUUGUAAGGCUGUGCCUGGAAGCAGUCAUCUGCUUUAAGGAGAUGCUGGCCAGUUCCUGGAACUGCCUCCCCAAGCACUUGCUGCACAGCGUCAAUCAGCGCUUCGGGAGCAACAACACCUCGGGGUCCUGAGCCCCCCCGGGAGCUGUGCAGGGCUGAGCUGUAAUCACCUUACUGAGUGUGGCAAACAUGAAACGUGUAUAGGUUAAACCUCUGUUUUGUUGUAGGUAGCUGCUUCCUGCCUUUUAAGUUGCAUGUGAAUGGCUUAGAGAGAACCUAUUUUUGUGUAAAGAUGUUUGCAAUAAAUGUAUUUAAUGCAA